UUUUGAGAAAAGCAAAGUUGUCACUUUGCUGUGUUGCUGUUUCACUCUGUGUCAGUAGGCACCGGCUUACAGCAUCUGAUUCCGGAGAUGGGAGAAGGAAAAGGCUCGACUCUGGUGCACCUUCUGGUCGUCGUUCUCAGCUUAGUGGCUUUUGGGUUCGCCAUUGCCGCCGAGAGACGAAGAAGUGUGGGUGUAAUAUAUAAGGAUGAACGAACAAAUGAAACUUACUGUGUCUAUAACUCAGAUGUUGCUACUGGUUAUGGAGUGGGGGGCUUCUUGUUUCUUCUCUCAGGGGAAUCCCUACUCAUGGGUGUCACGAAGUGCAUGUGUUUUGGAAGACCCUUAGCCCCUGGCGGAAAUCGAGCUUGGGCCAUUAUUUAUUUUGUCUCAUCAUUGGUAACUUUUCUGAUUGCAGAAUCAUGCUUGAUUGCUGGUGCUACAAAAAAUGCCUAUCACACCAAGUACCGGGGGAUGAUAUAUGCUCAGAACUUCUCCUGCGACGCAUUGCGAAAAGGCGUUUUUAUUGCUGGAGCAGUAUUUGUGGUUGCAACAAUGGUCCUCAACGUCUAUUACUACAUGUACUUCACCAAGGCAAUCACUACUGAGGCAGCUCACAAAGCAAAGCGUACAAGCUCAAACAUCGGGAUGGCUGGGUAUGCAUAGAUAGAACAGUACUACGACAAGCUAGAUAGCUUCCAAGUCGAGUUUUACGUUUUGAUUAUGAUUAUUGGUUUCUCAGAUGUUAUAUGAGUAUGAGAUGCCUCUGUGAUUGCAGACUUGGUUUGUGAUUACUUUUAAUAUAUAAUUAGAUUACAUUAGUUUAUCUCAUGGUUUAUAACUUUAUAUACAAGUGCCUAUUUGAAUAAUCCUUGGGAAACAAGAAGCCCAAAAGUUACCAA